AUGUCAUACUCUUGUUACACAAUUUCUCCAGCUAAAAGUGAUUAUGUACCUAUCGGGACUAUUGAAAAAUUUAACGAUCUUGACGUUUAUGUUUCAAAACCAAAAGGUGAAUCGAAGCCUUUUAAAAAAGCAAUUCUUGUUUGUCACGAUGUUUUCGGUUGUCAUCCAAAUACAAAACAAUUUUGUGACCUUUUAGCAAAAGCUGGUUACAUUGUUGCACUUCCAGAUUAUUUUCGUGGAAAAACGGCUCAAGUUCAGUCUCAAGGACUUCAGGCUUUAGUCAAAUUUGUUUUAGAAAAUUUUCCGGCGAAACUUGUCAUGAAUGAUACAUUGAAUGUUAUUAAACAUCUCAGUUCAGAAUAUGGUGCUGAAAAUUUUGGAUUUGUAGGCUUUUGUACGGGCGGAGUUCUUGGUUCAAAGCUUUGCGCAAUUAAAGAUUAUGAUGCUUGUGUAUUAAUUCAUUAUGACCCUCUUCAAGCGGAAAACUUUGAAAAAUCUCAAUGCCCUGUUGCAUUUUUACCUUCGCGUGAAGAUCAAGACCCUCAACCUUUUAUUGAUGUUAUGAAAGAUAAACCAUUCGCCGAAAAGAAUUUUCAAAAACGAUUUAGUGAUAUGGAUCAUGGAUUUGCUGCUUCUCGUGGAAAUUGGAACGAUUCAUUAAUUUUUGAAAAAGUUUAA